AUGAGAGCUGAUGGUACAUUGGCUAAGACUGAUGAGGAGAUAAAAGCUGAAGCGGAGGGUUUUUUCUCACAAUUUCUGAAUGCCGUUCCUGAGGACUUUGAAGGAGUAACAGUGGAGAGACUACAAGAGCUGUUGGGGUUUCAGUGUAGUGAGAUUGAUUGUGAAAAGCUAAUGAAAGAGGUGACAAAAGAGGAGAUUAAAGAUGUUCUUUUCAAGAUGCCAGGGCACAAAUCACCAGGGCCAGAAGGGUAUACCUCAGAGUUCUUCAAAGAGGCUGGGCAGAUAAUUGGGGAUGAUGUCACUAUUGCUUCUGCGUUCAUUAAGGAGAGGUUGUUGAUGGAGAACGUGCUGUUAGCUAUAGAGAUUGUGAAAGAUUAUCAUCGAGAAGACAUAUUUUCAAGGUGUGCAAUGAUGAUUGAUAUAUCUAAAGCAUUUGACUCUGUGCAAUGGAUCUUCCUACUCAACACACUUCAGGCCCUUGGUCUCCCGGCGAAGUUUAUUAAAUGGAUCUCGCUCUGUAUCACUACAGCUUCAUUCUCGGUCCAAGUCAAUGGAGAGCUGGCUGGGUAUUUUCAGAGAAACAGAGGUUUGCGUCAAGGAUGCUCCCUAUCUCCUUAUCUGUUUGUUCUAUGUAUAAACGUAUUGUCAAAGAUGUUGGAUGAAGCAGCCUCACGAAACCUGAUAGGAUUCCAUCCCAAGUGCAAAAACAUUGGUCUCACUCACCUUUGUUUUGCAGAUGAUUUAAUGGUUUUCAUUGAGGGUUCUCGAAGAUCUGUUGAAGGGAUAUUGAGGGUAUUUGAGGAGUUUGAUAAAAUGUCUGGCCUGAAGAUAAGUUUGGAGAAGUCUACCCUGUUUAUGGCAGGAUUCUCAGAGCGAAAGAAAGCAGAGAUCAUGAGUCACUUCCCCUUUGCAUCUGGAAAUCUCCCCGAGUUGUUGGGUAAUGGAGGUUGUAUAGACUUGGGUUUAACAGAGUAUGCGAAGGUUGUGGAUUGUCGUUGUCAUAGAAGAAAGAAUCACCGGUUUAUGAUCCUUAACAGAGUUGAGCAGGAGAUAGAGAAGUUUAAAGUUAAUUGGAAACAAGAUGAGGAAGAUGUCUAUCUUUGGAGGAGUGGGAACAAUAAAUUCAAGGAGAAAUUCUCUACUGCAGAAACUUGGCAGCAAAUCAGAGAACAACAUCAACACUAUGACUGGCACAAAGCUGUGUGGUUCAAACACGCAACACCGAAGUAG